AUGGUGCAGCCAGCUGAUCUUGCGAAACAGCUGCAGCAGCGAGUGACAAUGUUCCAUGCUGGAGACGAGCUUUAUUCUGGUGCAUGGCUGGCAGAUUUCCAGAAAUCAGGAUUAACAGCUUGGCAUGUUUGCACAGAAAAACUACGGGUCGGGCCCUUGAAAAGUUGUGAUGAAGAGCUCUUGCAAGCCUUUUGUGCUCAAACCUUGGCUCGCCUUGCGCGAACUUUUGCAAGCCAUUUUGAUCCCAACUCGCAAAAAGCAGCGCGAGAUACGUUGGAGGCUCUGCUGGCGGUGCAUGCCUGUGGUCAGGCAUUGGUGUGGAAGCAACUGGCAUUGGCGCUUGCAUGCGCAGAGCUUUGGUUGGGCACUUGGGCGGCAGCCGCUUCUUUGAACACAACCCUUCCAGGAAAUGUACGUCGUGAGCUCUUGGUGCUUCCGGCAGAGCUUUUGUUUGACUCAAAAGCACUCCCUUUGACAGAUCGUGCAGCCCGACAAUCCGUUGCCACCUCCCUCUUCAGCUCAUGUGAUGGAGUUUUUGCAUUUCUUUUGGAAGCUCAAUCUGAUGCUGAACAGUGCUUGCGGAUCUUGAGUGCCUGGCUGCGAGCUGUGCGCAAAGCCCAGCUUUGGCUUCCAACCUGUGAUACUGCACAACCAUUGAGGCAUUUAGCUGCUCACCUUCCAGUGCUGUUGGCAGCCGCCGAAGCAGCCCCAGUUCAAGCAGCGGAGCUGGCUCAACAGCUGGCAAAGUGGAAGAGUGCACCACAGGAGGCCGCGGGGAUAUUGAAGCCGCUACUUCAGCAGAUCAUGAAAGACAGUACCGGGAUGGAGGUUUUUCAGCUGCCUGAUGGGUCUUCAAUGUGGCUUCUGCCGCUGUUGCAAGACCUUGCUGAGGAUUUCUGGCCUAGGUCCGCGGUAGGCGAUCUUGAUCUGGAUUGCGAAGCCAUUUCAAAGCAAGCCUUCAGUUUGCUGGACGUCACUGCUGCGUGGGAAAGUGGGAUAAAUGGGCUAGUGGACAAGGUGGAUGUGGAGGCAUCGAUAUCUGUUUGGCACACCUUUGCUGAUACGAUUCAUUCAGCCAUUCGUGCCUCAGAGUCCUUCUGCAGUGCCAGCCGCUCAUACUCGCCAACGUUCUCACAUCCUGAGAAAAGAAGUCGUCGAAGCCAAGAAAGAUGGCACUUGACGAGCGAACGUUUGGGACAAGCGCAGAUGGUGAUUGUGCUUUUCCAGCUCUUGGUGCAGAAAUUGCUGAAUUGCAUGAGACUUCCCGAAAUCCCUGAGGAUGAGGAGGCACUUGAAAGCCUUCAACUUGCAAGAGAAACAGUUGAAGCUGCAUUACGUCCGUGGGCGGCACUGCUUAGCAAUGCAGAUACAUGGAUGGCAGAGCUCUGGGGUCCUCUGCAGGAGCUGGAAAAGAGGCUGGUGGCAAUGACAGAGCAGGACGAAGGCUUCAUGUCCGUGGAGCUCGCCAGAGAUGUGGAAGCAGUGAUUUGGUUUUUCGGUGCAUUCUGCAGCUGUUUACCAGAGGGACAGACUACAGCUGCUCAAGCAGCCUCUCAAGCUGUUUCAACCUUGAUUCCUCAAUUACAUCAGUUGGACUCAGCUUUGCCACCAUGGACAGCUUUACUUUGGUCUUCGGUCUGUCGCUUUGGUGCUGCGGUGAAUUCGAAGCUGCCAGCCGGGAUGGAACCAAUUCUGUUAGAGUGGAUGCUAGACCGCCCUCCCGCAAAUGCUGGAGCUCCGGAAAUGUUGGAAGUUACAGAGCUGCCCUAUGCGAAAGCCCUAGAGGUAGCUUGCCAACGCUUGCCCGACACUGCGGCCAACAGCAUCAUUGGAGAGAAGCUCAGUAUGCUCGCCUUCGGCUCCUGGGAUCCUUCAGCAAUGAUCGAAGAGAGAACCUUGCAGGCGAAAGCUUUGUACCUCUCCGCUCUUAGGUGGACUAUGGCUUUUUCACCGGAAGUUCUUUGUCAAAGCUUGGUGAGCAAAGUCGUGCCAAGACUCUCUAUGGCCUCUUCUGCGGAAGUGAAGAACGCCGGCUCCACAUGGAAAGCGAAAGGCGCCCCCUGGCCAGCGACGAGACUGCUCUUCGACACCUUGACCACGUUGCUGCCAGUCAACUGUCCAGCAGAUGAGUCCCAUGCAUCCAUUAGCAUUUGGCGACAAGCAUUGCCAGUCUUUGAGGAUGUCCUCCUUCGAUGUGUCGUAGACGAUGCUUCGGAGCAGCCAUUGAAGGGAGCGGCUGAAGCGUUGCAGCGAGCGGCCAUCCAUGCUCCAGUUCUCCUGGCUGAGGUGUUGCAGUUGCUUACGCGGGGUGUGCAAGAACGAGAUUUCUCAGAAGUUCUGCUUGUGGCCCUUCAAGAAAUUGUCGUGGCAGUUCCUUGUCCACCUGUCGACCCAUCGAAGGCAGCAGAGCUUUUAGCUACUGCCAUUGGCAGUGCAACAGAACAAGUACUUCGCCAAUCGCAGGCAACAGAGAUCCCUGAUAUUCUUGCUGCUCAGUAUGGGCUCCUGUCACAGGCUGUUCGGCCAUCCUCACCUGGAACUGCUGGACAGGGACCAUGUGAGGAUAAGCUGCGCCCAAUCUUGCUGAAUCAGCGUGUGCUCAUUGCUCGCUGCUUGUCCUUGGUCUCACUUGUCCUUCCAGACUGUCUACAUCAGGCAGUCUCAACCAACAUGUUGCGCUUCGCUACGCAUCUCAUGAGCAAUGAGGAAGCGGAGCCUGAGGCACAUGCGGCAAUGCUUAAAACUGCUUUGCCUGCGAUAUGUGCAGCUGUUUGCAGGGCCCUGGCGAUACAAGACUUCUUUGCGGAACCAGAGGCUCUGGCAGAGGCAGGCAAGCUCUUCUUGGCCGCAGCCUCCGUCCUACCUUCGCAGCUCCCAGAAGCACUUUCAGCUGGGGUCAGUCAACUGGACUUGUCGGAUCACAGCAAGAUGCUUCUAGAGCAGCAUGUACAGGCACGGGCAGAGUGGAGCCAGAGUCAAUGGCUGGAGCAACUGCAACAGAUCGUGGUGGAAUGGCACAGCGAGCGGGAUGCAGCCCUCUUAGAACUUACGACUAUCAGCGUCUUCUUGAUUUUUCCACGGAGUAGCCUGUCUGUCUUCCAUGGAGUGGCCAAGGCCUACAAACACAAUGACCUUCACUUGCGGCCAGCGUCAGAGAAGGAUAGACAGGCGAUUGAGCGGAACUGGAUGUCACAGGGCAAAGGUACCCUGGAGGAGUUUAUGGCUCAGGACGGAAAGCAGAACGAUAUUUUGUGA